GUGAACUAUAUUCGUUCCUUUUCCCAUGGCUGAGUUGCAAAAUGAACUGCGGUAGCGCUGAAAAUUCAUGGACCUAAUUCUCUAGAAGUGAAAUAGAGAUCACCAACAAUCCAAGUAGAGCGGGUGAAACACAGAACCACCGAUCAUCGUCAGAACUCCCAGCAAAUGGUUGAAUGCACAGUACAUAACAUACAUGGCAAUACUGCACUUAAUAGUGGCAGAUCUGAACGAAAAAUCUAGUAACAAAAUCUGAUAUUGCAUACUGUGUAUACCCUUGAUGAAUUAACAAUAGGCUAGGGGUUGGCAAGCGUGUUUGAAAAGAAAUAAAUAAGCAAAGCGACCAUGAAGUGACAAAUAAAAGCUGAAGAAACACAAUGCCGAGGUUCUAGGCGGUGAAAAUCAAGUGUAACGUCGUCGAUCGGUGGACAAGCCUCAAUAACAGUAAUACCGGCGUCUGUAUAACGGAUAAAAAAUUUUCCACGGCCGAAGGCAUGCAGACCUCGGUAAUCCGAGGCUUUAUGGGCUGACAUUUCGGCCUCUCGACUCUCGCGACUCUGAACUCAAUCCGCCGUCGUGCGGAGCGUUUUACCAUCAACCCAGUUCUCCCAGUGCCUAUAAAAUCGGAUAAUAAACAACUGUCCGUGUGAACAAGUGCGACGUAUCCUGCGUGAAGUAAAGCAAUUUCAACCUCCAUUCUCGCAUCAGGUGAUUCCUCCCCCGCGUCCCAGCCGAACAAUAACACUCUGCUGGCCGAAGGUGAAGCCAAAACAUGCUUCUGGUUGGGGACACGCUGCUGCCUUGAUCAGUGCACGUAAUACGUAGUUCCUACAUACUUUUUUUAAAAAUUUAUUCUCACUUCGCAUAUCACGAGUUUUUCAGUUUUGUGCUUUUCUCGCGCGUGUGUGUGCUCGAGUGUGGAUAUUGGAUAUUCUUAUUUUUAUUUCUUUUCAUCUUUUCGCUCCUGUGUUUCUUGGGUAUUUUUUUUCCAAUCUUUCUUGACGGACAAGAGAUCUAAAGAAUAUCUUGAGUUAAUCAUUGGAUGUUGUAUCGGUGGAAUUGUUAUCCUUAAUCAUGGAUGGAUUGAAAAACUAGACUGGCCAUGCUGCUCAGUGGUGAAAAAGUAUCAACAGCCGUUUGACGUCGUCGUCGCUCGUCUCCGAUAAUACGAAAAUGAAAACGGAGAAAAAAUCGAGCGAAGCAACGUGCGUUACGACCACCGUCGUCAAGGAGGAACCUGAUACAGAUUCGGUUAAAAUAAAGGAGGAGUCCGGGGUAGCAGGAACUGGCAAUAAUGAGAACACCAUCAGGGAGGAAUCGACGGAAUGCCAAAGGGAUUCAAACAUCGAUCCCAAUCACACGGAUGGCACUAUGUCUCAAGAAAAUCAAAAUAGUACUAAUAAUCAAUCCAUACUUGGCUCUGUAAAACAGGAAAAUGAACAGAACCAUCCUGGCGAUGAUCUGCAAAAUGACUGUGCAGCAAGCGUUGGACUCUCGUCUGACGGAAUUCAACCCCUAGUGAGCAAUGUGCUUGCCAAGCAAAUGGGCACUGGCACAGGCGGAGGGGAUGCUCAGUACAUGCAACAGCAGAGCCAGAUAUUUGUAUUUUCUACUAUGCUGGCAAAUAAAGGCGCAGAAGCGGUUUUGCAGGGACAAUUCCCAUCGAUAAUUGCUUAUCAUUGCGCACAGCCAGGCACCAAGAAGUAUCUGGAGAAACACCCUAGUAAGGUGAACCAGUUCAGACCAAACCCUGCCCAGUGGUUGAAUAAUCUAGCGAUGAUGAAGCAGAAAGGCCAACAGGGCGGGCCGAAUAGUGCUUUUCCCACCGAGCAGCCGCCGGACCUUCCUGCACUUGAACCUAAUGCGCCUCCGUUUUGGAAUGAGCAAAGUACAAUCAGAAACUUGAAUGGCAGUAGCUCAAUGGGCAACCCAGACUCCUCCCUCGACGAUAACAAUAUCGAUGUGCCUUGCCUUGUGCCGAACUCCCCUAACAACCCAGGUAAUUCUCAGCCACCAACUAGCACCGCAUUGGGCCACAGCCCAAGCCUCCUGGGGGCACCGAACAGUCCUGGUUCCUCAGGUCUGCAGCCUUCUCUGCAGGGUGUCAAGGUACCUGACGAGAAUUUGACCCCUCAGCAACGUCUGCACCGUGAAGAGCAGCUUGCCACUAUAAGAAAAAUGCAUAUGAUGCUUUUCCCCGAGCGCAAAGACGAAGGCCCUGCUGCUGGCAGCUUGGACCCUACCCAAGGGCCUCCUCAGGCACCUGCACAAGGCGCGGGGAAUGUUUCUAGCGGCCCUUUAGCAGGCCCGCCUGCCGUUGACUGGCACAAAUUGCAACACCACUUUUUUGACGGCAAAAAUAAGGUAGGGGUAGGCAGUCCUAACACUGCAACUUUGAGAGGGGCAGGCAUCGGACCGACACCACGUGGCCAGGGACCUCCGCCUCCUUAUCACCAGACAACGAGGUCGGCGAGCGUGCCAAUUGCCAUACAGAGCCCAAACCCAUCGUCGCCCAACAAUCCAACUAGCAACUUGUCUCUUCCUUCGCCACGUGCUAGUUCGGCCCUGAAUUCCCCGGCAGAUUGCAACAGGCAGUUUCAACUUGGAAACAAUGUACAAAGAUCUGGACAUCUCACUGGCCAGAGUCCUACGAGUCAGGAUUCUCCCAAUCCUGGAGCUGGCCCUCCCACUGGAGCACCAGGGCCUAGACUGAACCACAGCAACCCAGGGACCCCCAUCUCACAUUCACACCUUACUACCCUCAGUCCUAAUGGAGCCACAACUCAAAAGGACCCCCUUGACUUUCCAUCUAGUCAACCAUCUACCACAAUGGAUGGUAUGUUUUGCCGAACGUUGCAAUCGCUGGCACAGCAGAAACAGCAACAUGGUACAGCGGUGAACGCGAGCGGUGUCAAAGAGGCAAAUCUUAUGCCAGUACCCAGUCCUCAACAAAUUCAAUAUCUUAACACCUUUGAGGGGCAGGAACUCACGAUACAAAAACAGCCAAACACCAGUCUCAAAGACACGAAUUUGCCAACGAGUACGAGCAAUAGCAAUAAUGAUGUGCAAAACAGAAUGAUACCUGGAAAUAUGGAGAGCAGUAGUCAGUUCCCAACUAGAUCGGAAGGUGCAAGUCCCUCGAUGGAUGGGGUUAACAGGGGGUUCACGGGGCCGUUGCAUAGCCCGCAUACACCGGGUACUGCAACACCGCACACGCCGGUUGACACUAUGAAAAAUGGGAAUAAAACUAGCGCAACUACGACUACAAGUGCGCAAAACAGUCCGGCUCCUCACAAUACCAACAUUUCGGACAGCAUGGGACCCCCCAGGACGGUGCCUGCGUCACCGAACACUAAAGUAGACACUUCUCCACCAUCUGGCAAAGAGCAGCAGCAGCAGCAGCAGCAGCAGCAACAGCAACAACAGCAGCAGCAACAACAACAACAACAACAACAACAACAACAACAACAACAACAACAACAACAGCACCAGCAUUCAGGGAAUAGCGGUCCGCCUCUGGGGCCAGGAUUUCCAUGUAGUAGGCCGUCAGUGAACGUGAAUCAACCCGCGGAUAACGUUCCGUUAAAUCCGAACAACAUCGGCGGUAGAUUAGGCAGUCUUGGAGGAAUGAGUACGAAUCAUUUUGACCCGAUAACGUCGCUAGCUCAGAUGAGCCAGCAGCUGACCAACACUGCGGCUAGUAACGCUUUAGGCGGUGGUCCGGAUGGUCCUAUGCACUCUGGAAACACGGGGAUGAUGCCGUUCAAUCCACACGGUAUGCAGCACAUGAUGCAGAUGGGAGAGAUGAACGGGUGCCACAUGCCAGGGCCUGGCAGUGAGCCUGGUGACGUCGGGGGACUCUGCAUGGGACUCGGCGGACCGCCUGCCAGUUAUAGUCCCACUCCUCAUACCGGUAGUCCGGGUAUUAGCAACAAAAUGGGAAACCCGAUGAUGUCACACCCCAUGAUGCACCCUGGUCCUUAUCCCAACGACGGCCACGGCCCUCCGAGACACAUGGGACAUGGUCCUGGCCCUAGUCCUUACAACGGAGCUAAUGUUCAGGUAAAACCCAGCGCUCCGAAUACCAUCCAGUACCUUCCAGCGCGGCCAAACGUUGGGCACGCGCCACGAGGACCACCGAGCCUCGAUUUCCUUCAGAGGUUUACAAAUCCGUUAUCAAAUCUUGAGUCGAAGAUGUCUACACCGUCUGUGAACCUUCAGUAUUUUCCGAAUGGAUGCGUUCCCAAUAAUAUGGGACCACAUGCGGGAAUGUCAAACGUGAUGGGAGGGUUGCCGGGUAUGGGAGGACCUCCGCGAAUGGACGGACAACCAAUGAACAAUUCUGUUGGUGUUCAUCCCUCUAUGAGACCUGUAGGGAAUAUGAGACCACAGCCGAAUAUUAUGCGGAUGCAGCAUAUGGUCGGCGGUGGCGUUUUUCCCGGUAGCAUGAUGGAUCCAGACAAAGUCUUCCCGCCAGAAAUGGUUCCUCAGGUACAAAAUCAGCCAAACCCUGGCAUGUACGUCCCUGGGAGCAAGGGAAGUCCCAUGGGCCUCGGCCCUCCCGACGCCUCGCAGCCCUUGCCGCCGAGCAUGGGAGGCGCGACCAGCAAUUUCAAAAGCAGCCCGUUUGUCGGCGGCGGACCCAGCAUGUCAGACCCGAACUAUGCUCAGCAGUUUCACAACUUUCAACAGCAGCUUUAUGCGACAGGAACGAGGGGCAGCGGACCUCCACAUCCCAAUCUUCACCCACCGCCAAACUCCCACUCACAUCAGCAGUUCUUUAUGCCCAAGUAGUAAGUUGAGUUUAGUAUGCACGUGAAUGUUUCUUUUUUUUUUUUUCUUUUUCUUUUUUACUGUAUUUUUGCCGGUCGAACGGGUAGGUAUAGAUUUGUCCUGGGAUAAAAGGCAAUGGAAUGAAAAAAAAAUGGGUGGAAGAAAUAAAGAUGGUGUAAGUUUAUAGAAUGCUACCCCACCGAAACUCCGACUCAACUUAUAAGAAGUGGCACAGAAUUACUUGCUCUGAACUUCUUUCGAUUUUCCAAUUCCUUACUGACUGCUGACAAGGAUAUGAUGUGCAUAAUUUUUAAAAUUGCUCAAACCCGAUCUUGGAUUUCAAAUGACUGAAUAUCUCGCAUUUUAAUUUUACGUAUUAAUAUAGAUAUCGAGGAAGUUUUUCUCGAUCAUUUGAGGUACCGUUCGAGAUCGAAAACAAGAUAAGGGGAUACAAAAAAUGUAUGUCACACAUUAUUAUUGAUUAUUCUGUAUUACAUGCCCGACAUGUAUAGUUUGAAAUAACAAUUUUAGGUAACGUAUUUUACCUAAUCUUAUUCGUACACAUAUAUAGUCAUUCAUUUUUCAUAACAGUCAAGAGAAUAUCUACAAACAAAGAAUGAGAAGGCAAAUUGUACAUAGGAUGGGUAACCGAAAAGAGCCAGUAUUGAAUUGGAAAUUGUUUAUUCUUUCUCAACAGAAUCACGAAUGAUUGAUAUACCAGUAAAUAAUUCAGCUCAAUUUUAUUAUUGUACAUAAAGAUACACACUAUAUAAAUACCUGAUGAAACGUUUCACGCCUCCUCACCUGUUUACCCAGUUAUCCUUUCCUAUGACCAACUUUGUGCAUAAUCAUGCCCCUCCCUCCCCCCUCCCCCAGAUAGUAGUCGCUUAGUGUGUUUCAAUAGCGGCAAAGAGAGAGUGAGAGAGUGAGAGAGAGAGCAAUUGAGAACGAGAGAAAGAAAAAAAGAGAGAAAACAUAAAAUAAAAAUAAAAUAAAAAAGUAAUUGACUAUGAACAAUUAUGUUGUUGAAGAAUGAUUUUUAUUAUAAAUGAAAAAUAAAAUAAAGAUAUUUACAAGAAGUUGAUACAAGAAUUAAUCUAUCAUAAUUUUCGUAAUUCAUCACCUUUUACCGAGGACAUAAAUCAUCGGAUUUAAUUAGUAAUUGCCUGCGGAUGGUAAUUUUCUUUUUUUUUUUUUUCACCCGUGUCGUAAACUGGGACGGUAUCAUCAUUGUAAUCAACGACAAAUGUCUUUAUUGUUUUGUAUGUGACUGUGUGCGAGUUGAUAGAUCGUUAUUUAUAAUAAUACUAAAAAUUAAUCUUUAUCAAAACGACGUUUUGAGUAAUUUCGAAUUAUGUUUUAUGCAAUUCUGUAUCAAAUUGACCACAGGUCUGUAAUAUUUCAUUAUGUAACCGAUCUUGUUUUUUUCAACUUCAUUACUGCAAUGGGAUAUCGCAAGGAGGGUUUGUAUUCCCCGCUUAUUUAAUUAGGUACUAUUGGCUUGAUUCAAGCAAUUCGAGUUCGUGAUAUUAGCAUUUAUAAUGUUCUAAGGCGCAGGACGAUGACCCAAUAGUUAUCAUGA